UUAUUGAGAGAAUGUGAAACAGAGAUACAUCGGAGACAUGUUGAUAAUACAUAUAAAGGGGGCAAAUUAAAUCUGUUGAGUGUUCUACAGUUGUGGAAUUUAUCAUUACAUCUUUAUAUAGAACGACUGAAACAAGGAAGUUUGCCCGAAUUAGAUGAAGAAACAUCUGUGGUGACAACACAACUACAUACACAUCAUGUUCAUCUGACAAACGCACAAAAUCUACGGGAGAAAUUAUCUCAGGAUUUAUUACCCCAUUUAAAACAGUCUAUAGAGAGAUUACGACAUGAAAUUGAUGCUGUAGCUGUUUUACCAGACCAUAAGACACCCAAUACAUCACGGAUUACUUCACUUGGGUUUGAAUUAAUGGCACCAACACCACCGAUGUCUUUUACACCUAAUGAUGAUACAAGUAGCAGUUAUGUUGAUAAACAUUCCAUGUUAUAUAAAACUCCUACACAAGAUGUCUCAACACCAGAAGCUGCCAAUCAAAUAUUAGACACGAUGCUCCAGACUUCUAGAAAGACAGCUAAUAGACACCAUCAUGCUAGUCCUAUUUAUGCACCAAAGAUAAACACUACUGGAGGCAUACCAGUAUCAAAUAGAAAUACAAACAACAUUAAAUUAUCGCGAAAUGUUACAGUAAAAGAUCGUUUACCAUCAAAGUUAGGACUCGGUGAUAUUAAACAACUGAGUAAAGACAAGGAUAAAAAUAAAGAAUAUAAGAGUUCAAACGUAAAAAGUUCUACUCCUGUCAGAAACAAUCCACAGCUAUCAAGGAUAAUGACAACUAAAACUAAUACACACGUAGUACCACCACCACAUGAUAAAUCCUCUAAACUCAGAGUCCUGGCAAGUCCACGACCAGAAGCUGUUAACCAUAUUAAGAAUGGGAAUAUGUCAACCAAUCAUACAUCGUCUUACAAUACCCCCGCUAAAACCCCAGUACCUCUAGCACAAGAUAUUCUAGUAGACAAGAUAGUUUCAGCAGUCAUUGACGGUAGUCCAGAUCAAACUGUAUCACCUGUUAUUACUUCAUUACAUACACAACUGGAAACACAAGACAUAAACCUACUCAAUCCUAUAGCAGCUUUAGAUGAUACAGUAUUUAUAUCACGUGAUAAAAUAGAAAGAAGUCCUAUCGAUGUAGAAGAUAUUAAUAACACUCAUGAUAAAAGUGAAGAAUCUUCUAAAGAGAUCGUAAAUAGUUUAAGUUUUCAGUUAGAUGAUAUGAGACAGAAACUUUCUUUCGAUGAUGACAUUAACACGAGUCAUAGUGACCGACCAUUACAACAGUCAUCGAGAUCCGACACCGAUGGCAAAACGACACCAGAAAAUACAAACAAUGCAGAUCAAUCUAGCACGAACAAACAAACUUUAACAAUUACAGAAGCUGAUGACAGCAGAUUAUUUGAGUCUACAAAAUCACUGGAUAAUUUAGUUCAAUCUCAAGACAUGGAUGUCCAGCAUCAAGAAUAUUCAGAUGUGUCGCCAUCGAUAAGGUUAAAAUCUCCGGCCUACGAAUCAGACCACCAUUUAAAUUUAUCAAAAGAGGACUUGAUGACGUGUGAAAAUCCCAUGAAAGAAAGUUUAUUAAAUUUAGAAGCAUCUCCGUAUGCUUUUCAAAGUAAAAGUAUGGAAGAGGAACUGAAAUUAACAAGCGUGGAUGCUGAACUAGACGCCAUUUUCAAUACGAAAACCCCUAAAUUUAAUCGUAGGACAGGAAAGUUGGAGUCAUUAGGUAGUUUCGCGUCUGAUAUUGAGACAAUUAACUUGGAAUCCCUGGAAGAUAGUUUGCCCCUUGACGACGCGAUCAGCGACCAAGGACCUCCGACUCUAGUUUCAUUUUCUCCUCCCGACAAACAUGUGGUAAAAGCAGACACAGAUCCACGGACAACGUUUCCGAAUAAUUUUAAAUUUGUACAUAAUUCUCUUACAUCGGAUGAAAAUCAUAAUUUACAAAAUUCUAGUGUUCCGACAAUGGCAUCAAGUUUGUCUUUGUUAACUGAUAUUACGGACAAAGCACCAUUGAAAUCACCGAGAUCUUGUUUUAACGCACUUUUUACAAAUAACGAAGAUCUUUUAGACAAUGAAGAACUUCCGGGAGAUUUGGGUUUAGAAUUAAACGACUCAUUCGCUCCAUUAAAGGAGGGUGUUCAUUUUACUAGAACAUCUCCGGCUAAAACACCAAAAUCGAAAAUCUCUUCAAGUUUGAACACAUCGUCAAAUUCAACGGCUAACAUACCGGAAGUUGAUGAAAUUUCUGAACGAUGUCAGAGACUGCGUAAAGUGGCUUCCGAAGCGUUGAGUCAUGUGACUUUAGAAAUUGAUGAAGUUAUUGCGAAAGUGGACAGCUCUAUUCACGAUAAAGAACAGAUGCUUCAAUCAUCACCGUUUUUCGAUAGCAGUGUUUUAAGUGAAACAGAUCGAAGUGUGAAUUAUUUGAAAUCGGAAGUUCAACAUCGAGCAAUGGAAGAUGUAACAGAUAGUCUUAAUGUAUUUCAUCCUCCUUAUACAGGAGAUGUGAAAGUAAAGAAACCUACUAGUCAACAAAGUCAUUUAACAAUUCACGAUUUUAAUGAUGAUAUAUUUGCUGAAGAUGAUAGUCUCUUAUUACCAGUUUCACCAUCUAAUUAUUAACAUAUAGAUCUAGUGCUACAUUACAGUACAAAUCAAGAACAAACCCCCAAACCUUGCCAUAAAUGCAGACCUGGGUGAAAUGAAAACCCAUCAACACAGUUCAUUAAACCGCUCUAAAUACUACUCACAACAUUUCAACGUAAAUGUGAUAAAUUGCUAGAUUGUUAAAUUUAAUCCGACUGUCAAUGUACCUACAAUGUAUAUUUACAUGGUAGAAGAUUGUAAUAAUAAAAUAAUGAUUUAAACCGGUAUUUAUUUACAAUGUUUACAAUCGUAAAACUUAUUACAGUAUAUAAAAGAUGAAAAUAUCACUUUAUUUAUUAGAUUAAUCAAAUUUUUUAUUAUAUAGAAAUCUUUCUUUAAUGACAGGUAUGAGAGAGAUUUUGCCCGAUUCCCUGACAUUGUCUUUGACAGGUGCCUUAUUUACUGGGAUGUGAUGGGGUGGGGGCGUAUGUUUAUGGUCUGUCAUUGAGUCAACUGGUGUGGAUGAUAAGCAGUGGGAGGAAACCAAAGGACCCGGAGAAAACCCACGAGGUUGGAAAGGUGACCCUUCCUUGUCACGUACAACCGGUGACUUGAAACCACGCCAGUUGACACAAUAACAGAUCUUAUGAUACAAUGCCCACGCGCUAACUAUUCCGUCAUUCAACUCCCCUUGUAUGGGUCAAAUGGCCGUUAAACCCCAUCUCUCUCUCUCACAGGCAUGGUAUGUAGUAUAUUUAUUAUAGGCUGUUUAUAUGUAUAAUAUGUACAUAGAAUAUAUCUAGUAAUUAUCACUUGUUGAUUUGUAUACCAAUAACAAUUAUUUAAAUAUAUGAAAUAUAUGUAACCAAAUCUUGUUAUUUUCUUCAUAAAAUACAAAAAUAGUAUAAAUUUUUAAUCAAAAUUAUUGUUUACAUGUAGGCUUAGGCCAAACUAAUUUGAACUUUUGUUCUUCCGGUACAACUAUUGAAAUUCUUAUAUCUUGGAGGGAAAAUAAUAAUUUAAAACAAAAAUGGCUUGUCUAUUCUUCUCGAAAGCUUUUAGUUCUCCUACAAACGAGGCUGUUUAUGUAUCAAGACUGCAGAAGCUACAAACGACCGGUGGACGCAAUGGGUUGUUGUUGUUUUGAGUUUGAACGUCAUUUAAGGGAUUGAGGAAUCCCUUGCGAACUACAAUAUUGUGAACAUUGAAUCUCUAAAAGAAAUGGGUUAAUUCUGCACUGUAUUUGCUAAGAUAAAAUGAAUUGCAAAUUUGUCAACAUAUAAACAACUUUUUUAUUCUUUAUUAAAAUUAAUGGAAAAUUUGAUGUAGUCCUAUAAAUGAUGACACUUUAAGUUGAAAACUUUUGAGAGGAGCAAUCUAGUAGUUUUUAUUUUUCAAUAACUUCUGUCCAAGAAAUAGGAAUCAAGAACAAAAAUUCAAUUUAGUGUGGCCUGAGCAUUGAAAUUUUGGUAAAACUUGAGUUCAGACACAAAAAAAAUGAUUGAAUCAAAAUGUUAUUUAGCUGGAGUUAAAAAAAAUUAAUAUAAACAUCCGAAUAUUUGCUUCAGGUGAUCGUCAUGUAAAUGACAACUCUAGUCUUAAACCUUUCAGUAUUUUUCUUCAUGUUAAUUGCUCCAGAAUCUAGACUUCGAAAUUCAAUUUCUUUAGAAGAAAAAUGUUUAUGCCGAUUUAAGGAAUUUUGAAGUGAAAGCCCCAAUUGAAUUUAGCCCUUAAUCCUUUAAUUAAAUUAAAUGAACUAGGCACUAUGUUAUAUACGAAAGCUACAAGACUUUCCAUAUAGGCAGCCAGUUGCCAUAUAUACUGUGAUAUUUCACUACAGUUAUUUAACUAACAAGAUACAUAGAAUUGUAGAAGAAAUCUAAAAUUUAUCAUUUAUUGGACAAGAACUAACACUUCUGGGAGUAUUGGAAUGUAAAUUUGAACAAUUUAUAUUAUUUAAUAAAUGAAAAUUUACUAGACAAAGAAUUUAAAUGUACACAGAUUAUUUAACUUGAUUGAUGCCGAGGUUAUUGGUCCUGUUAUUAUAAGGAAAAAUAUAUUUUUAGGAAAAAUAUAUUUAACUCGAUUGAUGCUGAGGUUAUUGUCUGUUAUUAUAAGGAAAAAUAUAUUUAACUUGAUUGAUGCCAAGGUUAUUGUCUGUUAUAAGGAAAGAUAUAUUUUAAAGUAAUAUUAUUGUAUGUUGAAUGAAAUUAGCUGUAUCUUAUACCCGAUGAAAUGAGAUAUAUAUUUAACUGUACUAUGACUUAUUGUCUCUUAUUAAACUGACAAAAAUUGUU